AUGGUUUCACUGAUUCCUUUCAAUUUGCAGUACCAUGUUGAAGUAAAACGAAACAACAAAUAUGAAUGGCUAAUGUUUGUCUUAACUGUGUUAGUUUUCGCUCUUCAUGGUUUAUUAUUCCAUUGGUUACCAGGAUAUUUCAGAAGUAAGCGAGAUCCAGAAGGAGUUAAGUAUCAGAAAUUCUUCAAGUUUUUGAAAAUUUGGGAUAGUUGGACAAACUGCAUUGGAAUUAAAGUGCCCUUUAAGAAAAACAUAGUUUAUUUUCAACCAAGUCUUGUUCUUCUUGCCUUAUUCCAUAGCGCAGUACUGGGAGUCUUUUGCAUUGUUCAAACUGUCGACUUGGAUUAUCAGCCAAGACAAUAUAUUAUUUGCAAAAGGAUGCUGAAAGUUGCAGUUGGAAACCUACCAAUGAUUAUGAUCUUAUUGAUGAAGCAUGAUCUUGUGACAGCUAUUUCAGGAUUACAACAUGAUCGAUUAGUAUUCGUUCAUAAGUGGCUUAGUAGAUCAAUGUGGGUUUUAAUUACGACUCAUUUUCUUUUGGCCAUCAAAUAUUGGUUAGAUUUGAAUUUUCCAAUUAUGCUUGUUAUUCCACCUCAAAUAUUUGGCCUGAUAUCUUAUGUUUCCUUUGUGUUUCUCACUUGGGCAAGUAACAAAUGGAUCAGAAAGUGGUCAUAUGAGUUUUUUUUAAUCCAACAUCGAGUUUUUGGUUUUAUCAUGUUAUUUCUUGCCUUCAUCCAUAACCCAGGGAAUCGUGCUGCUGUUCUCAUAUCUGUACAUUUACUUGUAUUUGAUAGGGUCCUUCUGAAAGUUCUAGGAGCCGUCCAUCGUAGAAUGUCUCCUACGAAAGGAUUAUGUGAUUUUGAGAUCUUGGACAAUGAUACUUUGCUAGUCACAAUCCCGGUGAAGAAAACCAAGUUUGCAAAAAAAACAUGGUAUACAACUAUCUUACCAAAGUUCAGCACCUGGGAUGCCGGUCAGCACGUUUAUCUUAAUGUUGGAAAAAUCAGUUUCUUUCAGUAUCAUCCUUUCACAAUUUCCAAUUUAGAGGAAGAUGGGGAGAUAAAGCUAGUAGUUAGGAAACAAAAAGGUUUCACUAAGAAGCUUUAUAACAAGCUUAUCAAGAUGAAACAAGAGGAGAUGAACAAAGAGCACAAUAUCUCUAUUGAAGAGAGUCCCAGUCACAAAAACAAAUUACAACUAAAGGCACAAUUUAUUGGUCCUUUUGGUGCAAAGCAUCAACCAUUUCUAGGCUUUGAUCGUUGUUUAUUUAUAGGUGCGGGUUCUGGAGGUUCAUUCACCUUUCCGGUGGCAUUAAAGCUUGUACAAGAUAUAAAACAAAGGGAUGAAGCAAACGACUUUUUAUUCAGGCCAGCUAAUCAAUUUGUUCACUUAGUGUGGAUAAUAAGAAACAAGGAAAAUGAGCAAUGGUUUCAGCAUAUGAUAGAGCCUUUGUAUGAUUUCAUACAGGAAGGCAGAAUCAAAUUGACUAUUUAUAUCACCCAGGAAGAACCAGAAAUCACUCAAGAAAGAGGCAAUAAUGAGAAAACCAGAAUAUUUAAAGAAUCUGUUGAUUCUAUUGAAUUUCAAACAUCUGUAUACUCUAAGGAGAGGUUUGCCAUUGAGAGACACUACGGUCGUCCAGAUAUUUCGAACUUAAUUAAUAGUCAUGCGAAUGUGCUCUCUGAUUCAGUCAACACUAAAUCAUUAUCUGUUUGUUCUUGUGGUCCCGAGUUAUUGACAAACAGAAUAAAAGUUGAAUGUCAGAAAAGUCGUUGGGUGAAGGAUGCUCCAGAUAUUUACUGUUACUCGGAGUCAUUUUAA